UCAUCACACUUGCAUUUGGCCGUUAACAUUCCGUCAUGGCCAAAGGUAAGGGGAAGCGCUCCUCUGGAGCGAACAAUAUCAUCCCUGAUGGUGGUGUUUCUGUGAACGACUCCAACACCGGUGCCGAUGCUCUGCCUCAACUGGAGGAGAGUGCGUUUGCCGGCUUGCGACAGAAGAUCGAGCAGCGACUGAAAGACCAGAGCGCCGCCAAGCAGAAGCCCAAGAACAACAAGGAAAAGGCCGGAUCCAACGACACACCGAAGAAGAAUGAUGCGCCGAAGCCAGGCCCUAAGCAGGCUUUCAACGACAAGAACAACAAAGGCAAGAAGCGUGACCGCAACGGCGAGGUGAUCGCGAGGGAGGAGAAGGUUAUCUCGAAAAACAAGCAGCCGACGACGAAGAAGGAGAGUCAGGAUGAUGUUCUUCGACAGGAAAUUUUGGCCCUUGGAGGCACCGAAGAUGAUCUGGAUCUGCUCGCUGGGAUUGGUUCCGACUCCGAAGUUGAGGAUGCUACAGACAAGAAACCGAAGAACAAGUCCGACGAGGCUUCUCUCAGAAAGGAGCUGUCGAGCAUGCUGGCUGCCGCCGGUCAGGUUGUCCCAGAUGACCUAGAGGAUGAGGAGAUUGAGGAGGAAGAAGCAAGCGACGAAGAUGAUAUUGAAGAGGAGGACGAGGAGGAGAACGAGGAAGAUGGCGAGGAGGAUGAAGAUGAUGCCAUGGAUGAGGAAGUCUCCGAGAAAGAGUCUCCAGCCCCCGCGCCAGCUCCGAAAGACAGCAAAGAAUCGACCAAGAAAGAGAAAGCCAAAGAGACCGCUCCCGAAGUUGUUUUCCCCAAGGAAUUUGCCAAACUCUCUAUCCGUCCCAGAUCCGAUUGGUACAUGACAGAACUGCCUUCCAUCCCGACAGCACAAGCAAAGUCGUUACCUCGCCAUGUGGUGGAUCGCUUCUACAACUACGCCGUGUCGCUCCUUGAGAAGGAAAACAAGAUGUACGCUGAAGCACAGCAGGCUUCCGCAUCUUCGUCCCACAAGUUCUACAGCACGAUCAUGUCCACCGGUACUCUUAGCGAUAAGACCUCUGCCUUGACUCUUGCCGUCCAGGAAUCGCCUCUCCACAACACCAAGGCACUAGAGAACCUGAUUGCCCUUGGAAAGAAGCGCAGUCGUGCUCAGGCGGUGGAAGUUCUCAGAUCCUUGAAGGAUAUGUUUGCUCAAGGAACAUUGCUCCCUGGUGAUCGGAGACUGCGGGCUUUUGCCAACCAGCCCGAUCUUAUUGCUGCGUUGCAAGGAGCAGGCAGCAAGUGGUCCGAGGGGGAUGCUCUUCCCGGUGGUCUUAAGAACAGUCACUUGAUCUUUUGGGCCUAUGAGCACUUCUUGAAGGACCAAUUCUUCGAGGUCCUUAAGAUCUUGGAAGUCUGGUGCAAUGAUGAGAUUGAGUUUUCUCGCUCCAGAGCUGUCAGCUAUGUCUAUGAACUGCUCAAGGAGAAGCCAGAGCAGGAAACGAAUCUCCUGCGCCUGCUGGUCAACAAGCUGGGAGAUACGUCCAAGAAAAUCGCCUCGCGGGCGUCUUACCUGCUCCUGCAGCUUGAGCAGGCGCAUCCCCUGAUGAAGCCUACCAUUAUUAGUGCCGUUGAGGAGGUUCUUUUCCGCCCUGGUCAAAGUCAACACGCCAAAUACUAUGCCGUGAUCACGCUGAACCAGACGGUCUUGAGUCUCAAAGAGGAAAAGGUGGCAUUGCAGUUGCUUGACAUCUACUUCUCGGUCUUCGUGGCUCUUCUGAAACCUAACAAGGACACCAAGGGCAGGAAGAACGGAAAGUUUGGCAACAAGCACAACAAGGGCAAAGGAAAGGAUGACUCUGCCAAGGGUCUGGCGCAGACCGAAGAAGUGCGGGACAAACUGACCUCUGCGGUUCUGACCGGUGUCAACCGAUCCUACCCAUUUACGAGCUCGGACACUGACCGUCUUUCUAAGCACAUUGAUACUCUCUUCCGCAUCACGCACUCCGCAAACUUCAACACCAGCAUUCAGGCACUCAUGCUGAUCCAGCAGUUGACUUCCUCUCACCAGGUUGGCGCUGAUCGCUUCUACCGGACGUUGUACGAGUCUCUGCUCGACCCGCGGGUUGCUACCUCAUCCAAGCAGUCGCUGUACCUCAACCUCUUGUUCAAGGCUCUGAAGAAUGAUCUGAACACUCGUCGUGUGAAGGCGUUCGUGAAGCGUAUCAUUCAAGUCCUUGGACUGCACCAACCUGCCUUCAUCUGUGGCGUGUUCUAUUUGAUCCGCGAACUUGAGAAGACGUUCCCGGAUCUCGCCUCUCUGUUCGAUCAACCCGAAGAGAACGAUAGCGAUGAUGAGGAGGUGUUCCGUGAUGUCCCUGAUGAGGAUGACGAGCCGCAGGAGCAACCCGAAGCUCUGGAACAGAAGAAGCCAUCCACUCAAUACGACCCCCGCAAGAGAGAUCCCGAGCACAGUAACGCCGAUAGGACGUGCCUGUGGGAAUUGCUACCUUAUCUGUCUCAUUUCCACCCCUCCGUGUCUGUCAACGCGGCUCACCUUCUCGACCACAAGCCCAUGUCUGGACAGCCCGACAUGACGUUGCACACCUUGUCUCACUUCCUUGACCGCUUCGUCUACCGUACACCCAAGGCCUCUGCGCUUACCCGUGGAUCUUCCAUCAUGCAACCUCUUGCAGGCAGCGAGGCCAAGGAUCGGUUGGUUACGGCGGGCAAGCAGGGCCAGCAUCUCUCUCUCAACUCGGAGGCGUUCUGGAAGAAGAAGGCCGAGGACGUUGCUGCGGAGGAUGUCUUCUUCCACGAGUACUUUAGCCGGAUCGGAAAGGGUCAAGAUAAGGAGAAGGCCAAGAAGAAGACCAAGGGUACUGACCAAGACGAGGAGGAUGGGGAAGGAGCCAGCGAUGCCGAGUCUGAGAUUUGGAAGGCUCUGGUUGACUCACGCCCCGACCUGGAAGCUGCCAGUGACGACGAUCUCGACAUGGAUGAUCUCGAGUCCGCAUAUGACCAGUCCGAGGAUGAAGGCGAAGAGGGUGGCGACAGUGAAGUCGAACUCAACCUCGACUCGGAUGACGAGAUGGAGGAUGUGGAGGAGGCUGCCGUCUCGGAUGUUGAGGAACCUCCGACCAAGACCAAGGCCAAGGCCAAGAAGGCCAAGGCAGCCAAGGAAGAGGAACCGUCUGAUGACGAAGAUCCGUUCGACAUGGACGUCUCGGACGCCGAGGCCUUUAUUGACAGUGACGAGGAACUGCCGUCUGACGUGGAGCUCGGAGCGGCUGAUGAGUCUCCGAAGGAUGACAAGCAGUCUGACCGGAAGAAGAGGCGCAAGCUCAAGCAUCUGCCUACUUUUGCUUCUGCGGACGACUAUGCGGCCCUGCUGGCCGGGGAGGACGAGGGAAUGUAAUCGGAUCUUGUACUUAUCUUUUACUGCAGAUACCACAAAAGCAUGUUACCCUCUGGUUCAAA